AUGCAGCGCGCACUGAGCUCCCAGGCCCGAGCUUCUGCUCUCGCCUCUGCUUCCACCAAGUUCCGAGCCGGCGCUGGCCUCGGCCAGCAGCUCCGCUACGCUCACAAGGAGCUCAAGUUUGGUGUUGAGGGCCGUGCUGCUCUCCUGGCUGGUGUUGACACCCUCGCCAAGGCCGUUGCCACCACUCUUGGCCCCAAAGGUCGCAAUGUCCUAAUUGAGUCCAGCUUUGGCUCUCCCAAGAUCACCAAGGAUGGUGUCACUGUUGCUCGUGCCGUUACCCUCAAGGACAAGUUCGAGAACCUGGGUGCCAAGCUCCUCCAGGACGUCGCAUCCAAGACCAACGAGGUUGCCGGUGACGGUACCACCACCGCUACCGUCCUCGCCCGUGCCAUCUUCUCCGAGACCGUCAAGAACGUUGCUGCCGGCUGCAACCCUAUGGAUCUCCGCCGCGGUAUCCAGGCUGCCGUCGAAGCCGUCGUCGAAUACCUCCAGAAGAACAAGCGUGAUAUUACUACCAGCGAGGAGAUUGCUCAGGUCGCCACAAUCUCUGCAAACGGCGACCAGCACCUCGGAAAGAUGAUUGCUACCGCCAUGGAAAAGGUUGGCAAGGAGGGUGUCAUCACCGUCAAGGAGGGCAAGGUUCUCCAGGACGAGCUUGAGGUUACCGAGGGUAUGCGCUUCGACCGCGGUUACAUCUCGCCUUACUUCAUCACCGACGCCAAGGCCCAGAAGGUCGAGUUUGAGAACCCUCUCAUCCUGCUUUCUGAGAAGAAGAUUUCCGCCGUCCAGGAUAUCAUCCCCGCUCUUGAAAUCUCUACCCAGCAGCGCCGCCCUCUUGUCAUCAUUGCUGAAGACAUUGACGGUGAGGCCCUCGCCGUCUGCAUUCUCAACAAGCUCCGUGGUCAACUCCAGGUUGCUGCCGUCAAGGCUCCUGGCUUCGGUGACAACCGCAAGUCUAUCCUGGGCGAUAUCGGUAUCCUGACCAACGGUACCGUCUUCAGUGACGAGCUCGAAAUCAAGCUGGAGAAGGCCACCGCUGAUAUGCUCGGCUCCACCGGCUCCAUCACCAUCACCAAGGAGGAUACCAUCAUGCUCAAUGGCGAGGGCUCCAAGGACGCCCUCGCUCAGCGCUGCGAGCAGAUUCGCGGCGUCAUGGCUGACCCCACGACCUCCGAGUACGAGAAGGAGAAGCUCCAGGAGCGUCUUGCCAAGCUCUCUAGCGGCGUUGCCGUCAUCAAGGUCGGUGGCUCUUCCGAGGUUGAGGUUGGUGAGAAGAAGGACCGCUUCGUCGAUGCCCUCAACGCCACCCGCGCGGCCGUUGAGGAGGGUAUCCUGCCUGGUGGCGGUACCGCCCUGAUCAAGGCCUCGGGCAACGCUCUCAAGGAUGUCAAGCCUGCCAACUUUGACCAGCAGCUUGGUGUCACCAUUGUCAAGAACGCCAUUACCCGCCCUGCCCGCACCAUCAUCGAGAACGCUGGUCUCGAGGGCUCUGUCAUUGUCGGCAAGCUGACUGACGAGCACGGCGCUGAGUUCAACAAGGGCUUCGACUCCUCCAAGGGCGAGUACGUUGACAUGAUCCAGGCCGGUAUUCUGGACCCCUUCAAGGUUGUCCGCACUGGUCUCAUUGACGCCUCUGGUGUCGCCUCUCUGCUCGGUACUACCGAGGUCGCCAUUGUCGAUGCUCCUGAGGAGAAGGGCCCCGGUGGUGCUGGUGGCAUGGGCGGCAUGGGUGGUAUGGGCGGUAUGGGAGGCAUGGGCGGCAUGAUAGCCACCGUUAGCCAGGAGUGCAUCACCGCCUACAACGACCUGAAGCUUUCCAAGAAGCACAAGUACAUCAUCUACAAGCUUAGCGACGACAACAAGCAGAUUGAAGUCGAGGCGGCCUCCAACGACAAGGAUUGGGAGAACUUCCGCGAGAAGCUCAUCAACGCCACCUCCAAGAGCAAGACUGGUGCUGUCGGCAAGGGUCCCCGCUAUGCCGUCUACGACUUUGAGUACAGCCUCGCUUCUGGUGAUGGUAUCCGUAACAAGAUUGUCUUCAUUGCCUGGUCUCCCGAUGAUGCUGGCAUCCAGCCCAAGAUGAUCUACGCUUCUUCCAAGGAGGCCCUGAAGCGUUCUCUGACUGGCCUUGCCAGUGAGCUCCAGGCCAACGACUCUGACGACAUUGAGUACGAUACCAUUCUCAAGACCGUCAGCAAGGGUCUUGCCGCCUAA